UUAUGUCUGACAACGUAGCGAUUGUUUUGCCCAUCUUGAAGCGAGUGAUAGAUGAAGUUAUGAAUAACACAAUAGAUAGAGUACAAGACAUGAAUGAUGAUUCGCCUUUUGAACGAUCAUUGUGUGCUGCUUGGGAUGUAUGCACAGUACAAGACUAUGCUUUGGCUAUCCAUAACACACAAUUUCAUCGAGUGCUAUUAAAAGUAAGCGAUCUUAUGACUCUAGGGCGCUAAUCAAGUUAGAUUGUCACUACAACCACUAGACCAAGAACAAGGGAACUUGCUAUGGGCACAUUAGCCAACAUGGCAUGUCAUUGGGACUGUGGCAUAGGUCCUUCCUUAUUAAAUGAUAGGGAUAUUUUGUUAUUAUGUCGGUCUAUUCUUUGGAAUGAAAAUGAUGCUCGAGUCUUGUUAGAGACAACAAGACUCUUGAACACAUUUCUAUCGUGUUCGAUUGAUACAAGCCAUCAGACAGUCAUUGAGCAUGAUCAUUUAACCGAAUUUCUUUCACCAGUUCAAAUGGCACCUUCUAUCUUUCAUCAAUAUACAGUCAUUAUAUGCAACACACUCUAUUCUGAACUGUUGCUGAAGAGUCUUGAAGUGACAACGCGUAUUGUGGUCUAUACAAAUGCAAUUACCAACAGUAUCACAAGGCGUAGACAGCGAGCUGAAGAAACAGAAGUACUAGACAAAUCAGACACACUUACACUGGUUAAAUGGGGUGCUGAACGUCUAGAAGAAGAAGGAAGGGGUGUGGGUAUUGGUAUGGGGUUUCACCGUGGUAUUGCUAAAAAUGUCAUGCAUUUACUAUGGGCCUUAAUGGCUUAUGGGAUGGUCAGUAUUCAUGAUUGUGGUCCUGAAAUGACGCAUGGUCUAGGUCAAUCCAUGUCUCGUUUAGUGUCUUAUAUUCAAGAAGAUGAUCUUGAUACAAGAACAGAAGAUGAAGACAUACAAAACUUGGCUCAAGCACUCAAUACAAAACUAUCCAUGGCCAGUUAACAUAUAUAUAUUAUUUUAUUUUAUUUUAUUAUUAUUAUUAUUAUUGUAAAUUUACACAAUUGUAUUAUGUUCCUUUCUUCUACAAAUAGAUUCAUCAUCAUCAGAG